AUGGAGCACGAGCUGGAGACGACCAGGGGUAUCGUCAGCAGAUUGACGGACGUGGAGGAAACCUUGGAGAGGAGCAGGGAAGAGUUUAGCGAACAGAUUAAAGGGACAUACCGGAAUGCCAGCAUGGCUUGGCAGUCGAUGGAGCAACUAGAGCGCAAGACUCAACACCAAGACAAGCAAUUGCGACAAGUGUGCGAGAAGUUGAAGGAACAUGAUGAGCAGCUUGACAGGUUGCACGCAGGGCAGUUGGAACUCAGGGACGCUGAUAUCAGCCUCGAGGAGCGGAUCGAAAAUAUUGCUGAGACGAUGGAGGAGCUGGAGGACUCGCAUGACGCACGGGACGCACAGGAAGACGACCAUCUGGCCAGACACAACGGACGCCACCUCCGAAGAAGCUCAACAUCGGAUACACUUCGCCCAAACUUUCCUUCGGGCCCUUUAGGCCCUUUAGGCGGCGGCGCGAAUCCCUUCGACAGUCACGGCCACUCGCAGGUAGGGCGGCCGCCCGUCCAAGGACAUGGAGAAGGAUCCGCGCUCGACGGGAGUCUGAUGCCCCACCUUUCGAGAACACCACCGCUUUCUGCCCGGUCGAUGGGUGCCUGGACCGUUCACAUCUCGCUGCUUCCCCAUGCCCGUGUGCCCAUGCCGUUCGAGAGGAAUACCAACGCGUACCAGCGAUGUCUAUCACGAGGUCUCCACCAGAUGGUAGCCGUUCAUGGGCGGGACGCUGGGUCAUUCAUCAAGGCCAUCGAGAAGGCGUUCGGAAUGUUCCUGAGAGGUCGUCCGUGGAUGCCCCUUCAGGCCAAACUCUGCGACGCCGAGCCACUCCAGGGUCUUCCGAUGUUGCGCCAGCUUGAGGCUUCCAUGGUCGACUCCAGCUACGACCAUGACUUCCUCCGCAAGAACUGCGCCGUUUGCGACUCGAGUGGCAUGAUCGACUCGUUGUACAUUGCCAUGCGGCAUGACACCAUUUCGUGGCACACGCUGAGGCAUGCUCCUGUGUUCAUGGAAGGCCUCGAAGCUGCCUGGGCGUAUGACCCAAUGCUUGACACGGAUCCUUUUGAUGGCGACAUGGCCAUUGACGACAGGGAGCGUCCGGCCGCCGGCGAGAUCACCACGGUACUGCCUUCUUUGGCACCGCCCUCUUCCCUCAAAAGGUCUCGUACGGAGAUGACACGCUCCAACAGCUUUGGGGCAGCCGCUCCCCCAGUCGAUAGUGAAGGGACUCGAGUAAAGCGGACUUGCCCAGCACCACCUUCCAGCUCCAUCUUGGAGCUACGAAGGCGCGUUGAGAGGGCGGCAUGA